AUGACAGUUGUCUAUAAUUACACAAAAUUGGGAAUGGAUCCAUCAGAUUGUGCUAGGGUGUUCCCUUUAAGCGACGCGUUGUGUUUGCCUUCGGGUACUUCGAAAAAUGAGCAAGGGGCGCCACACUGGCGCCAGGGUGUGGUGAUAAGUGAGCAAGAGUUCUCGCGCGUGCUUGGACGAGCGCGGGUAAAGAAGCUAGCCCAGGACUAUAGGAUUCGUUUAGCAACUUGGAAUAUAGGGACAUUAACGGGUAAGACUAGGGAGCUAGUUGACACCAUGCUUAGGAGGAGGAUUAAUAUAGCUUGCCUUCAGGAGACUAAGUGGGUAGAGGAAAAAGUUAAGGAGAUAGAGGACACAGGUUAUAAGUUUUACUAUACGGGUAAGGAUAGACAUAGAAAUGGGGUAGGUAUCGUAGUAGAUAAACACCUGAAAGAUUCAAUAGCUACGGUAACGAGAAAAGGAGAUCAGAUUAUUUUAGUUAAGCUUGUAAUCGGAGAGAAUAUAGUUAAUAUUAUUAGUGCAUAUGCAUCCCAAGUAGGCUUGAAUGAUCUUAUUAAAGAGCAAUUCUGGGAGCAAAUGGAUGACGUGGUUCAAGGGAUACCUUUUGGGAAGAAGCUAUUUAUAGAAGGCGAUUUCAAUGGUCAUGUGGGAGUGCAUAAGAAGCGAGAUGAGCAUUUAAUUACGUUUAAGAGUGGAGCCAAUAAAAGCCAAAUCGACUAUUUUCUUGCUCGAGGGGCAGAACGCUUGACAUUGACUUUUGGUGUUAGAUAUUUGUCUCAAGGGGAAUAA